GUGAAACUCAACUAUCUCCCGCUUUUCACUCUAUCUCUCUUUGGGCGGCUCUCAAUCUUUCCAAACCCUAGUUUUGUUUUAAAUAUAACUCUCUCUCACACUUCACACUUUCUUCUUGUACUUUCAUUUCAUGUCAUGACUAAGAUUCAUCAAUAAAAAUCAAUUUAUAUCGCUUUAAUUGAAAAAAAAGAAUUAACUUGGUCGUGAUAUUAACAACAACAAUGGAGGAUUUAUUAGGGCAAACUUGGAAGAACAGAGAGUUCACUCUCUCAUCGGUUUCGGAACUUUCUUCCGAUGCCGCUUCACCGGGAAUUGCUCGCUUCACCUCCGAUGGCCUCCAUAUUCAUCAACAAUCUCGAGAGAUUUCUCUCAAUUUUGAUCUCCGAACUGCUCAGAUAUUCAAAUUAGGUCCUGUUCGAUCCGUUUGCAUUAUGGAAGGCUCUGAUGUUGGUAAAGCGGCGUCAUAUUCUACUGGAGUCACUAUCCAGUUUAAAAACGAGGAGGAGUGUGAGGCGUUUCAUUCUGUCGUCCAACAAUGGAUAAAGAAAGCCAAUGUUCAAGCAGGGAGCUUACCAAAUGGAACUUUAACAACUUCUAAAAGCAAAUUUGAUGAAAAGAUAGAGGCAUCUUCUGCAAAAAUGUAUUUUCAUUAUUAUGGACAGCUUCUUCACCAGCAAAAUAUGUUGCAGGACUAUGUGCGGACAGGAACUUAUUAUGCCGCGGUUAUUGAGAACCGGGCUGAUUUUACUGGCCGUGUAGUAGUUGAUGUGGGUGCUGGUAGCGGUAUUUUGUCAUUAUUUGCUGCUCAGGCCGGUGCAAAACAUGUUUAUGCUGUGGAAGCAUCUGAAAUGGCAGAAUAUGCCCGUAAACUUAUAGCAGGAAACCCAACACUGGCUCAACGAAUUACAGUGAUUAAAGGUAGAGUUGAGGAUGUUGAGUUGCCAGAGAAAGCAGAUAUUCUGAUCUCAGAGCCCAUGGGCACUUUGUUAGUUAAUGAGAGAAUGCUGGAGUCUUAUGUCAUUGCCAGAGAUAGGUUUCUCACUCCUACUGGGAAAAUGUUUCCUGGGGUGGGAAGGAUUCACAUGGCGCCUUUCACUGAUGAAUAUUUGUUUAUCGAAAUUGCUAACAAGGCACUGUUCUGGCAGCAGCAAAACUAUUAUGGCGUUGAUUUGACACCCUUACACGGGACUGCAUUUCAAGGAUAUUUUUCUCAGCCUGUGGUGGAUGCUUUUGAUCCAAGAUUGUUAAUAGCUCCCCCGGUGUUCCAUGUAUUAGACUUCACCAAAAUGAAGGAAGAAGAUUUGUAUGAAGUUGACAUUCCUCUGAGAUUCAUUGCCUCUGUAGGCACCAGAGUACAUGGGUUGGCAUGUUGGUUUGAUGUACUGUUCAAUGGAAGUACCGUACAAAGGUGGCUUACCACUGCUCCUGGUUCACCCACAACCCAUUGGUACCAGUUACGCUGUGUUCUAUCGCAGCCAAUUUAUGUCAUGGCAGGACAAGAAAUUACUGGCAGGCUUCGUUUGAUUGCACACAGUGCACAGAGUUAUACAAUUCAUUUAACUCUGUCUGCUAAAAUGUGGGGUCCUGGUGCUGAACAAGGAGGGAUUAUUCAGACAUCUUCUUGCAAGCUUGAUCUGAAAGAACCCUACUAUAGAAUGUCCCAAGCACAAGCUUAUCCUCUAGCUCAAGAUCAGCAAUCUCAACCACUUGUACAGACACAGUGACACUUUCUUUGACAGGAUAUAAAUAUCCAAUCACAUGAGUUGGAAGAACCAGAAAUAAUGCAACAGCUUUCGCCUAAUUCGUGUGCUCAGAUUGAUUCCCUGAUGCAGAAGAUUUAACUCAAUAACUCCUAACACGAGCUUCUGUUUGUAACAUGAAUUUUCCAUGCCACAGCAAGUUGGGGGACCUUGUCUUUAUUUGGACACACCUCCUAGCCUGUAAAUUCAUCAAACAUUAUGUUCUAUCCAUUGUGAGGGUUGGUAUCCUGCAGAUCCUGUACUCAUUUGCUUUAUUUUAUUUAACCAACAAUAUAUCGGGUCCCUAUGCCUUGCAAAGUUAGGAGUUCAAUGUAUUGCAUGAUCUGGAAUUUUUUUACAUUUGUAUGAUUAGAUGGGAAGAAUAUUUACUGUAAACUUGUAAGGCUCACACCACAGCGAAAAUGCAAACCUGCAGAGUUGCUAAUGUAUUAUUGUUUGAUUGGUUGA